UUACGAAGCACCAUUGGUAGUUGCUUAUGAUUCGAUCACAUUAACUAUAAAUUCAAUUGAACGUUUUAAAAUAAAAUAAACGUAAUGUUUUAUCUUUGAUGUCUAAUUAUAAUACAAGUUAUAAAUGGUCUAACGUCAAAUAGAUUUGUAUAAGAAGAAUGGAAAUAAUUUAUACAUGGAUCAAGAUUUGAUGUUGAGUUUUAAAAAUCUAACCUAACCAUGGAGUAUGUGGGUGAACUAAUAACACUCGGUAUUGAUAGUAUCAUUUUUGGUAUUUGUUUGAAACAGUAUUUGUAUUGCAAAAAUGCUAUUACUGCUGUAAAGAAAGCAGAUUUCUAUGAAGUAGAUUCAUCUUUGGAAGAAGCUGUAAGUAAUUCUCCUGACAACAGAAUAGGAUACAUUGCUGUCAGGGGUACAGUCAAGUCUUUGGGCAAACCACUGCAUAGUAUUAACAGAAAAGACAUAACUGGAGUUUUACAAAAACUUAGUAUCAAGGAACAUGUGGUCGCCAGAACUACAGCAGGCUUUUGGUCCAACCAAGAACGCACAAUGCAAAAGAUAUACAAUACAAUACCAUUUGUCUUGCAAAAUAGCCGGUAUAAAGUAGAAGUUCAUGAUCCAUUAUCAGCAGAUAUUUUAGACAUGGAUGUAAUUUCAGAUUAUUUUGAACCUAAUGUAUCUUCUUUCUCUGAUCAUUUAUGGGGUUUUUUCACGGGAGUACGUCAACGUGGUUUACAAAGUACAGAAGAAAUGCUUCGUGAAGGUGUUGUUAUAACAGGAAUUGGAGAAAUUUCAUUAGUAAAUAAACAAAAUUCAUUAAUAUUACAACCUCCAACCGAUGGUUCUCCAUUUUACUUAACAACUAUGUCUAUUACUUCCUUACUUAAAAGGCUAGAUGAACGUAAAAGAACGUAUAAAUGGUUGUGCUUCAUAUUUGGUGCAAUUAUAAUAUUACUUAGUGGUGUGGUAGCUCGACGUUUUUGGAAAACUAGACAAGAAAGAAGAUCAGCUGAACAAUUGAGAGAAAGUCUUGCAGAAUCUCGUAGACAGAGACGACAAUUCGUAAGAGAUUCGGAUCUUAGAGAAGAUCAAUUGUGUGUUGUUUGCCGAUCAAAUCCUCGAGAAAUAAUUUUAUUACCAUGUGGGCAUGUCUGUUUAUGCGAAGAUUGUGCGAAUGGUAUUGUUGAUCAAUGUCCUAUUUGUAGAGAAAAGAUUGGCCAAAAAGCUGCCGCGUACAUAGUUUGAUUCUAAUUCUAAUGUAUUAUCAUCUCUCUAAUUAUGAUAUGUUAAUUAAGAGCAAGAUUUUGAUAUUAAUGGAGUUUAAACUUGCAAAAUGGUAAAUCUCAAGUUUUAUUAUGAUAUUCCAAAUAUUGGCUACUAGUCAAAAAAAAA